AAAAAAAAAAUCUCUCUCUCUCUCUCUCUCUCUUUUUAUGAUGAACAAAGAAGAAAGACGUCGACUGUUAGAUUUGAUUCCUGAAGCGACUGAUAUUACUCGUUCAAAAGAGAACAUUCAACCUAGUAGCAGAGGCAGAUCAGUAGCGACAUUAACUCAUCUAUUCACACAGGAUCCUUCAGAACGCGAAUCCACAUUGGAAUCAACUCACACACGAUUCCAACAACAACUGGAGACAUUGGAUGAACAAGAUGAUCCUUUACAGAUCUAUAUUGACUAUAUGGAUUGGAUUAUGGAAGCUGUGCCUGAGACAAAUACACUACUUACCAAACUACUUGAGGAUGCCACAGAUCAGUUUAAAGAUGAUGUACGUUAUCAAUAUGAUCCUCGUUAUCUAAAGAUAUGGAUUGAAUAUACCAAACAUGUACAAGAACCAAGAGAGAUUUUUACAUUUCUAAUGCAUCAAGGUAUUGGUCAAUCUCUGGCUUUGUUUUAUGAAGCCUAUGCAGAUUAUGAAGAAACCUGUCAAAAAUUUGAUGAAGCAGCAGAGAUUUAUGCAUUAGGCAUUCAAAAGAACGCCAUGCCUUUAAAACGACUCUUAAAAAACUAUGGUCUAUUUCAAUCUCGAAUACAACAAAAAACGAUUCACAAAAGACAACCUGAAGCCAAAAGGCAAAUGGACACCUUACGAGCCACAGGACAACGUACCUUACUGGGCCAUAAAUUUGAUAGUCAAUCUCGCGUGUCUGUGCCUGCCAAUGUCUAUGCUGGUAUUCAAGCCAAUCAAGGAACUCUCACAAGGCCUCGACCGUUUGGUAAUGCAUCGACAUCGAUUGAGACGGAUACUUUUGCCGUCUAUACAGACUCAUCACCCACUCAAGGAACAACGUAUGCACCCCUUUUUAUUACCCCUUCAUCGUCUUCUCGAAUAGAAAACAAACAAACAGUAGACACGUUUGCAGGAUCUACACUUUUACAACAAACAUCACCCAUUCAAUCUGAACGAUUUGAAAUAUACCAAGAUCCUCCUAGCUCACGUCGUCGAUCAGUAGAUCAUAACACAAGGAAGCGACCGAGACAUGACAAGAAAAAAGAAGCUCAGUUUAUACAUAACAAAGAUAAAUACAUGAAAUCCAGUAACUCAAGAGGGGAUGUUGAAUACAUUAUGCAUUUUCAAUUUGGAGAUAAAAGUGCACAAGAAAUGAGAGCCAUGCAGCAUGGUUAUCAUGAUGGUAAGUGUCUUUCUUAAUCAAUCCAUCUCAUCUGUGAUUAGCCUUUUCAAGAUACUGUCGACAAAAUAAAGAACAACCUGCACCUGAAUACACUGCAGAAACAUUAGCAGCUAUGGCUUCUAUAGGCGAAUUAUUUCAUCCACAAGAUAAAGAAGAAGAAGAAGAAGACUUGACUUGGACAAAUCCAUAUCAACAAUUUAAACCCAUCCAAAGAAGAACAGUGAACGAAAAUGAAUAAAAAACCACGUGGCAUAGAGGGAUGAAACGUAUAAAUACCCUUUCUUUCUUUUUAUUGUUAU